AGCAGCAGUCAGUGAAGCUAUCCGAGAGAAAGAGACAGACACAGAGUUUGCGGCAAGCGGGCUGAUUUCUACAGGAUAGCAAUAUAGUUGCAAAUUCUGCAGCUUUAAAUGACCACAAACUGUAUUUUCGUAUGAAGUGAGAUCGAAUAGCUACAGUUACGCGAAGUUUUGAUUUAAAUUAAUAACAGUCGGGAAAAACCUGAAAGUCGUGUGGUAAAGAGGAGUAUAGUUUUCUCAAGUUAAGUUUUUUUUUUUUUUGUCGUUGUAUUAAUAUAAAUAUAGAUCUAGGACAGUUUAUAGGAAGCUUAACUUUUUUUUGUUUUAAAUACACAAUGACUACCGUUGCUGGGAAGCCACUGAAACAAGCGGUCCCAGUCGAUCCUUUAAAAUCGGCACCGCUCAAAGAAAUUCCAGAUAUUCUAGUCGACCCCAGAACCAAGAAGAGGUACUUGAGAGGCAAGUUUUUAGGGAAAGGCGGGUUUGCAAAAUGUUAUGAAAUUACAGAUAUGGACACUAAGGAAGUUUUCGCAGGUAAAGUGGUGCCUAAGUCAAUGCUUCUCAAGCCUCAUCAAAAGGAGAAAAUGUCUAUGGAAAUCACCAUUCACAGAAGUCUGAGCCACGCUAAUGUAGUUGGCUUUAAAUGUUUUUUUGAGGAUGACGAUUUCGUCUUCGUUGUCCUGGAAAUUUGCAGAAGAAGGUCCCUGCUGGAGUUGCACAAACGAAGAAAAGCUGUCACUGAGCCCGAAGCUCGUUACUACAUGAGGCAGACCAUUACAGGAUGCCUUUAUCUCCACAACAGCAGGGUGAUUCACAGAGACCUCAAGCUGGGUAACCUCUUCCUCAAUGAUGACAUGGAGGUCAAAAUAGGUGAUUUUGGUCUGGCUACCAAAAUAGAAUAUGAUGGGGAGCGAAAGAAGACUCUGUGCGGGACGCCAAACUACAUCGCGCCUGAGGUGCUGUGCAAAAAAGGCCACAGCUUCGAAGUGGACAUCUGGUCGCUCGGCUGCAUCCUGUACACCUUGUUGGUGGGGAAGCCUCCUUUUGAAACGUCAUGCCUUAAAGAGACUUACAUCAGAAUUAAGAAGAAUGACUAUACAGUUCCUAGACACAUUAACCCAGUGGCAGCUGCUCUGAUGAAGAAGAUGCUACGGGCUGAUCCGACAACCCGCCCCACGAUUGCAGAGUUGCUCAGUGAUGAGUUCUUCACUACUGGCUACAUCCCCCAGCACCUCCCCACCACCUGCCUGACUGUAGCACCCCGCUUCUCCAUCGCACCCAGCAGCAUCGACGCCAGCUUGAGGAAACCUCUCACAGCACUCAACAAAGCCUCUGAAAGCCCUGUUGAUAAAGUGGCAAAGCAGGAAGAGAAGGACAUGCAGUACAGGGAAGUGGGUGAGGCUAGUGAAAGCCACUUGCAAGACAUGCUCCAGCAGCUCACUAGUGUUAAUGCAGCCAAGCCAUCUGAAAGGGCCCUGAUCCAACAAGAGGAAGCAGAAGACCCUGCUUGUAUUCCUAUCUUCUGGAUCAGCAAGUGGGUGGACUAUUCAGACAAAUAUGGUUUGGGUUACCAGCUGUGUGACAACAGCGUCGGCGUUCUCUUCAAUGACUCGACACGGCUGAUCAUGUACAACGAUGGAGACAGCUUGCAGUACAUCGAGAGAAACAACUCCGAGUCCUACCUGAGUGUACGCUCCUACCCCUCUGCACUGACCAAGAAAAUCACUUUGCUGAAGUAUUUUAGGAACUACAUGAGUGAGCACCUGCUCAAGGCAGGGGCUAACAUCACUCCCCGGGACGGUGACGAGCUGGCACGCCUGCCUUUCCUGCGAUACUGGUUCAGGACAAAGAGCGCCAUCGUGCUGCACCUCAGCAAUGGCACCGUGCAAAUCAACUUCUUCCAGGACCACACUAAGGUCAUCCUGUGUCCACUCAUGACAGCGGUCACCUUUAUUGACGAGAAGCGCGAGUUCCGCACCUACAAGCUGAGCCUCAUCGAGGAGUACGGCUGCUGCAAGGAGCUGGCCAGCCGGCUACGCUAUGCACGCACCAUGGUGGAGAAAUUGCUGGCGCCCAAGUGUACUGCAGCGCGGAAGAACUCAGCGGGCACUGAACGCACCUGAGCAGGGCGGACCAGCCAAGCGAACUCUGCUUCUAACUUAAUGAGUCAUGUAAAUAUGUCUUAUUUUAAUGUUGUGCGUGGCUUUUAUUUUUUUGUAUUAUAAAAUAAACACUUGUCUUACUGUGGGUGUGGAAAUUGUGUGUAUUCCCUGUUCAAAGCAUUGUGUUGAACCUGUUAUAAGGAAUCGUUCUUGGUUUUCACUGUACUAACUGGUGUGGGUGCAGUUUUACCACAAUACCUUUUUCAGUGUAGGUCCAGGCUGUGUGUGAAAUGCUUAUCCAGUUAAUUUCCCCUGAAACUGUUUUUCAAACUAAUCAAGACAGUAGGGAAAGUUAGUUAUCAUGUAAGCUGUUGGUUGUCUGCCAAACUGUUGCUCUGACUCUUCUUUGUUCUGUAUUCUGUUUGCUUCCAGUUGCUUAAACUGUACUUUUCUGUACAAACAAUGUUUUAAAUUUCCCAUUGCUCAGAUGCAAGUAUAUUGGCUGUUUUUAAAUGGUUUAAUUUUCAUUUGAUAUUAAGUGA